UCUGUAAAAUAUUGUCUUCUUUACUACAUUUGUUAAUAACAAAUUUUUCAAAAAUAUUUUUUCGGUAGUGGAGCGGGAGGGUUUCCUGGCAUAGUUAUGAUUUUUUUCUGGGCAGAUAUAUAAUUUAUUUGAUAAAUAUAAAGUCCAAAUACCACGUUACACUACGCCUUUAUAGCGUUAUGCUCUAUAUUGCGUAUAAUGCAUAUUUUAUCCGUGAUUAUAACAUAGUAAUAUAUAUUGUAAUAUAUUAUAAUCAAAUAAUCUUAUGUCGAGUAUAAGUCAAUGCAUUAAAAGCUCUGGGGUGGGAUUUAUUCCCAUCAUCUUCCCCUAUAACUACACCGCUGGGAGGGUUAAACCCCACCUUUACCCUUGCGCACAGGCCUGAUAGUGUAAUAUGUUACCAUAUAACCGCGCACUAAUCACCGUGGCCUGUCGGCCGUCAUUCGUGUAAUAUAGUACUGUAAUAGUGUAAUGUCGUCUAACUCAGAUAUCAAUAACAACAACAAAAAUUCUAAAACGUAAUACAACAUUAUUGGAUAUGAGAAUUGAAAACAUGCGACUACCACAUCAUCAACGCCAUCUAUCGGUUUCAAUUCAUAUUAUAUGAAACAUAUGUAGAGCAGUAGAGCGAUAAGCUUAGGACACAGUUGAUAACAUUAUGAUUUGUAUUAACAAUAACAUAAUAUUUGCAUUUCAUUAGUCAUAGUAGUAACCUGUUCUAUGUACUGUAUGCAUAGUGCAUACUCGUACUAUAGUUUUCUUCCAUCAAAACAGUACUUAUUGUUGACUGUUUCACUGUUGUGUAGUAAUAUAGUGUGUAUAUACUUCUAAUAAUUAUUGAGUAUUUAACAUCAAUUUGUUUGGUUGUUUUUUUUUAUUCAAAAUUUAUAAACAUCAUUUCACCUUGACAUUUAUUUGUUUUCUUUUAAUUUCUUGAGACUAUUGCUCUGAAUGCGCCAUUAGUUAUGAUAGGGAAAUUGAAAUGGUAUUUAGUGCUUACAAUCCUAUUUUGGAGUUACAUGAACGUUGAUGGUUAUCAACUAAUACUGAACAAUAACAGUCCAGUAACCACCGGUUCAACAGUCACCCUGAAUGCCACAGUUGUCGACGAUAAUGGUUUAUGCGCUAAAGGAAAUCUGUUGUUUAUGUAUGAAGAUGAUGCAUUUCCAAAUCAUAAGUUGCAAACCAAGAUUAAAAAUUGUGAGGCAAUAUUUCACAUAUCAUUUGAUACAACAAUUGGACCUUCAAAUUAUAGAUAUAAAGUAGAAGUUUCACAGGAAUUAAUUCCUUUCAUCUUUCAUCCAAUUACUAGUGGUCGUGGCCAGUUAGUUGUUACAGAAAACUUGAACGGUGUACUUCAACUAUUUCAAAAUAAUACAAAUAUUUCAAAAAAUUCUCCACGGACUAUUUAUGUGUCUACUAACUUAGAAACGGUUCACCGAGUUGAGAUCAAUUCUGCUGAUUUAGAUUAUCUUAAUAAAAGUGCCAAUUCAACCACUGUUUACUGGUUUGUUGAUUGUAUCUAUCAAGAAAAUGCUACAAGUUAUACAUUUUCUAGUAACUAUACUGAACCAGGCAUUCAGCAUGAAAUUCUUGGCAUUGUAGUAGCCAAUAUUUCCACAUCUACACCUACAACUAUACCUAUACCACCUUUAUCUACACCAAUACCAACAGUAUCCAAUACCACAGUCAGUUCAAAUAAUUCUUCUACUAAUACUACUAUUGCUGAUAUUAUAUCUACACCUUCUACUACCAAAGCACCUUCUAAACCUGAUGUUAUAUUUUCUCGUCAUAUAAUCAAUUCGACUAUUACUUCAGACUGUGAACAAAAAAAUCACUUUGAAUUAUUAUUAUCUGUAGCUCAUUUAAAAAACCAGCAAAAAUAUGGAUAUUUUAGUCGUUCCGUACUUACCAAAGAUCCAAUAGCAAAUGUUAAGACUCAAGGAAAAGUAUGGAUACAAGAAGGAGAAAUGUUUAAUCUUCUGGUAAAUUGUAAUGGUAGUGGCCCUUUCCGUUAUUGUGCACAUUAUGUUCAAGGACCAUAUAAUGAUACUGGUAAUGAUUCUUGUAUACCUGACAGAAAUUUAGUGCAAUGUCAAAUGCAAUUUGUGCACUAUUUCCGCGAGCCAACCAACUAUACACUAAUUGUGAAUUUGGCUAAUGAUGUUUCAAAAGUUGUAACUCCUAUUGGAAUUAAUAUUUAUAAAGUACAAAAACAACCACAAAUAUCUGUCAUUGUUGUACCUGUAACUUUUAGUUCAAUUGCAGUAAUUAUUGUUGUGUUUGGAAUAGCUUAUUACUUUCAAAACAGAUCAAGAUAUAUGGUAGAAGUAGCAGAUUUUGAUUUUGCCAAUAAUUCCGACAUGGAAUACAAAACAUUUAGAGAGCGGCUACGUGAUGCUAUAAGUCAAGCUAUUAACCGUACUCAAGACUAUUCAGAGUAUGAUGGCAGUGAAGAACAAAUUGGUAAUUUGGCUACACCUCAAAAUCAAAAGUAUGGAAGUAUGCAAUGACCAAGCACUGUAGUCGGUCCAAACAGAUGUAAUGUCUAAAUGACUAUACAUUGGACUGACAAAUUAAUAUAUUCUAUAAUGCAAGGGUUCUUAACCUUUUGAGGUCCACGCUCCCCUUCAAACUAUUAUAUGAGUUCACGCCCCACCUCCUCACUACUAUAAGAUUGAUGUAUGCUUAAUAUUUAUAUAUAUAUAUGUAUAACAUACUUUAAUGUUGGUUAUUAUGUUUUUUUUUUCAAAAUUGUUACGCCUCCCCCUCUUAAAAUGUUUUUAUGCCUCCUUUGGGGGAGGGGGCACUCUUCAGGUUGAGAAGCUUUGCUAUAAUGUGACUUUUUUGUUGCUGUUCCUUAAAAAAAAAUUUGAUUAACAAAUAACUUUUUAGCAUUCCAAAUUUUUAAUUUAAACUUAUGACUUAGAAU